AUGGACGUGAAUGAAGCAAUUUUCAUGAACGGAGGAGAACAAAAAGUGAUUUCCAUAACCAGACCUAUGCAAGUAAAUGCGGUUCAUUCUCUGUUCUCAGAAGAUUUCCACCGGAAAAAAGUUCUCAACGUGGCUGAUCUCGGUUGCACGGCCGGUCCGAACCCUUUGUCUGUCAUUUUAAUCGUCAAAGAAAGCUUGCAGAGGAAAUGCAAGGCGUUAAAUUGCCAACCGCCGAAGCUUCAGGUUUACUUGAACGAUCUUCCCGGUAAUGAUUUCAAUUCCCUCUUCAAAGACUUGUCUAGAAUCGGUGAAGAUCAAAAGAGUGAUGUCCUUCUUCCAUGUUUUGUGAUGGGAGCUCCUGGUUCAUUCCAUGGCCGCCUCUUUCCUUGCAGCUAG